AUGGUUAUGAGUAAGGAGUUGAGUGAGGCUUACCGCCUAUCCACGGCGAAGACGCCUAGAGAAGACAUGAGCCUAGACAAUCUUAUUACAGAAAAUGCAUUUGCCUGUAUAAUGAGAACAACCCGCAGUAUUAGUCUCUGGAGACAAAUCAAAAGUCGUCGCUACAGGGUAGCAAAGAGUCGGGACAGGAGGUCGAAGGAAGCUCACGUGAGCAUUGGCCCGUGCCCCACAACGAUUGGACCCCGCCACAGGUGCGGUCAGGAGGCUUCAAGUCCAAGGGAUAUCAAGACGACAGGAGAUACCGAAUAA